AUGAAGCUCCAAAUAUCUGCCUGGAGACAUGGCACCAAGCGUUCAGAUGAUCCAUCGAUGGCGAUCCAAAGAGCCAAGCAAGCAUCAUCCACCAGGAUGCAGGAUAUUGAACAAGGGCAUGAGAUCGAAGAUUUCGUCAAGGCCAUUAGCACCGGCUUGAAGCCUCAUGACACUCAAGUGAGAGGAUCAAGACACAUUGAUGAGCGUCAGAGAGGCUUGAUCGAGAGCCUUGAAGAGCGUCUGAGAGGUUGCAAGAUCGAGAGGUCUGGGGUGCUCCAACCCAUGGAAAGCCCCUCGGUAGAUAUCCUGACUGAGGUCACAGUGCUGGAGUCACUCCGAUGUCGGGCACUGGAGAUCGACCGAUCGCUGCUCUCAUUCUUUCUGGUCGAUCUCGAGUUUCUCGACCAUCUCAAGAUCCUCAACCAGUUCCUGUUUGUGACACAAUGUUCAAUGAGCGGUUGA